GCCCAUCUGGCACGAUACUCCAAACAAUGGCUGCCGCUCGCGUGAUCCUGCUUGUAUCCCUGUUAGCCCUCGCGGCCCCGGCCGCUGCCGGCUACAGCAAGUGGCGGCACAGAUGGAGAAAUGAUGCCGAAGUUGGUUACCGGCCGGAGUUCUUGGUUUCCCGCAUGGACGACAGCGAUCUCAAGACCGAGUUGGAGGCGUGCGACGUCGACAUGACCCAGCACAAGUUCUCUAUCGGCCACCGCGGGGCGUGCCUGCAGUACCCCGAGCACACGAGGGAGUCGUACGAGGCCGCGACCAAGCAGGGCGCGGGCAUCAUCGAGUGCGACGUCACCUUCACCAAGGACAGGGAGCUCGUGUGUCGCCACGCCCAGUGCGAUCUUCACACCACCACCAACAUCUUGGCCACGGACCUCGCCGCCAAGUGCACCUCCCCGUUCGUGCCCGCCGACGCGGCUGCGGGGACCGACGCGACCGCCACGUGCUGCACCAGCGACAUCACCCUCGCCGAGUUCCGCACCCUUUGCGGAAAGAUGGACGCCUCAGACGCCUCCGCCACCACGGUCGAGGAGUACCUGGGCGGCACGGCCAACUUCCGCACCGACCUGUACUCGUCCUGCGGAACCCUCAUGACCCACGCGGAAUCCAUCAAGCUCAUCGACGGCCUCGGCGCGAAGUUCACCCCCGAGCUCAAGUCCCCUUCUGUUGAGAUGCCCUUUGAGGGGGACUACACCCAAGAGAACUACGCCCAGCAGAUGAUCGACGAGUAUAAGGCGAGCGGCAUCGAGCCGGCCAAGGUUUGGGCGCAGAGCUUCAACCUCGCGGACGUGGAGUACUGGAUCGCGGCGGAGCCCGAAUUCGGGGAACAGGCGGUCUUCCUCGAGGAUCGGUUCGACGAGGGUGUGGAGGAUCCCAACGACCCCACGACGUGGUCCGUGCAGAUGGCCGACCUGGUUGCCAAGGGUGUAGAAGUGGUCGCUCCCCCGAUGUGGGUCCUGGUGACCCUGGAGGACGGAGUGAUCGUGCCUUCGAACUACGCCCACGAGGCGAACGCCGCCGGCCUUGACAUCAUCACGUGGACGCUCGAGCGCUCAGGCCUCCUGACGGACGGCGGCGGUUACUACUACCAGUCCGUAGCCGACGCCAUCUUGAAGGACGCGGACAUGCUGACAAUGUUGGACGUGCUCGCCCGCGACGUCGGAGUGAUCGGAGUAUUCACCGACUGGCCAGCCACCGUCACCCACUACGCCAACUGCGUCCUCGACUUCCUCGACUAG